AAUAAUUUUAAAAAAUGGGUAAUACUGAAAGUAAUGUUACUAGUGGUGUAAAAAAACAAGCUGAUACCGCUUCAAUUGCUUGCUAUAAAUUAGUCGACUUAAAAGGUGGAGGUUUAUUAGUUGAUAUGAUGAAAAGAGCUGCACAAAAUAAGCAAUAUGCUGAACUAGAUCAUGCUAUAAAGACGAAAGUGGAACCAUUUUUGUACAAUAAAGGAAAAGGACGAUAUAUACCCAUUUCACAAUUAGUAUUACUUCGUAAUAAGGAACGACCUCGUCAUAAAUUGCUACCACAAUUAAAAGCAAUGGAAAAUCCAGAUGAUUUUGAUAUUAAUCAAUGCCCGGAAGUGAACGAGAAGGAUGCUUUGAAAGAACCUCAUCUAUAUCGCCACGUAUGCUGGGAUUUAAAUGAACGUGGUGCCGUUGGCGAAACAAUAUUGCAUUUAUGUUUAUUAAAUGCAACAUCAAUUCAUGCUGAUUUAGCUAAACGACUUCUACGAUUUUAUCCACUUAUGAUUAAUGAUAUUUACAUGUGUGACGAAUAUUAUGGUGAAAAUGUUUUACAUUGGGCAAUUGUCAAUGAAGAUCCAGCCAUGGUUAAAUAUCUAUUAGAUGCUGGUGCUAACUUUCAAGAACGUUGUUUUGGAAAUUUUAUGUGCCCAGAAGAUCAAAAAGCAUCACGAUGUGAUUCCUUAGAUCAUGAAUGGGUCAAUGUUGCACCAUUCACAAACUACCAAGGCUAUGUGUAUUGGGGCGAAUAUCCUUUAAGUUUUGCAGCAUGUUUGGGCCAAGAAGAAUGCUAUCGAUUAAUUUUGGCACGUGGUGCUGAUCCUGACGCACAAGAUUCAAAUGGAAAUACGGUUUUACAUAUGCUUGUCAUAUAUGAGAAAACGGUUACUUUUGAUAUGGCAUAUGAAGUCGGAGCCAGCUUAUCCGUUCGUAAUGUACAAAACCUUACACCUUUAACAUUAUCUGCAAAACUUGCUCGUAUUGAGUUAUUUUUUCAUAUUUUGAAUAUUGAAAGAGAAAUUUAUUGGCAAAUUGGAAGUAUUACUUGUGCUGCAUAUCCAUUACUUCAGAUUGAUACAAUCAGUAUGGAAACUGGACAGAUAAAUAAAGAUUCUGCUUUAAACUUGGUGGUUUUUGGAGAUAAAGACGAACAUUUAGAAUUAUUGGAAGGUGUUUUGGUUGAUUUAUUACAUGCAAAAUGGAACACUUUUGUAAAAUUUCGAUUUUAUCGACAAUUUUUUAUGUUUUUUUUCUACUUUCUAAUAUCGUUGGUCUGUUUUACUUUACGACCAGGACCACCAGAGACAACUUUAAAAACGGAUACAGCGAAUAUAAAUGUUAAUGAAUCUAUGGAAAUUUUAUCAACAUCAAACAUAACAAGCAAAGAAAAUAAUGGAGAAAAUGUAAAAUGGUGGAACAAUAUAGAUACUGAAUGUCGUUUAAUGAAUUUAAAUACUCUAAAUACAAAAAUUCGAAUUACUGCUGAAAUCGCCUUAACGUUAGGUGCAUUUUUAUAUAUAACAGCUGCAUUACGUGAAGCUCGAUUUUUAGGUGCACAUAUGUUCGUCGAAAACUUAAUGACAGCGCCAUCACGUGUAAUGUUCUUAUUUUCUUGUAUUUUAAUGAUGGGUAUGCCAUUUUUAAGAAUCUUUUGCUGGGAAGAACUGGAGGAUACAAUUGCUGUCGUUAUAAUGCUAACAACGGCACCAUAUUUCCUCUUCUUUUGUAGAGGUUUUAAAACAGUGGGUCCUUUCGUUGUAAUGAUUUAUCGAAUGGUUAUGGGUGAUUUGUUGCGUUUUGUGUCCAUUUAUUUGGUUUUUGUAAUGGGUUUCUCUCAAGCUUAUUAUAUAAUAUUUUUGUCAUUUAAUAACUCUGACCUAACACCGGAUGAUGCUGUUGACGACUCAGCUACAAAUCCAAUGCCAAAUCCAGUUGAAUCAAUUAUGGCAAUGUUCUUAAUGUCAAUGACAAAUUUUGGAGGUUAUUAUGCAGCAUUUGAACGAACUGAACAUGAAUAUGAAGCAAAAAUACUGUUUGUGAUAUUUAUGGCAAUUGUUGCAAUACUUUUAAUUAAUAUGUUAAUUGCUAUGAUGGGUAAUACAUACCAAAAAAUUGCGGAGACACGCAAUGAAUGGCAACGACAGUGGGCAAGAAUUGUAUUGGUAGUUGAAAGAGGCGUUAGUCCUGCAGAACGUUUAAAAAAAUUAAUGGAAUAUUCACAACCAAUGUCUGAUGGUAGGCGAGCUCUAGUUCUACGUCUAAAUCAAUCGGAGGAAGAUAAAGAGGAAAUGAAGGAAAUUGUCGAUAUGAAACGAGUGCAUGAUCGUUUAGUCGAGAAAAAACGUUUGGAAAAGGAAGUCAAUGAUUUUCGCCGUACUUUUCAAAAGUUAGAACAACGACGUGAAUUUGAUUUAUAUGAUCCAGAUGCUUUAAAGAAAGAUUUACCGGCACGGCUAAAAGAUGAUGAUCCACGACUUGGAUUGGCUGCUUGUCAAAGAUUUGCUGGUGAAGAUCUAUCAAGUGACGAACGCAAAGUACUGUUAAUUGAACAGCAACGAGCAUUCCUACAACAGCAAAUUGCUGAACGUGAAGCUGCUGAUACAGACCGUAAGCGGGCUGAAGCUGAAUAUCAUGCUGCAUUAAAAGCACGAAAUAUGCGUUCAUUAGAGCUAGAGAAUUUAGAAAAAGAAUGUCGUCGUAAAUUAGAUUGUGCUAAUUUACGUUAUAACAUGGCACUGGCAAAUGAGCAAUAUAUGCGGAAAAUUGAAGAAGAGAAACAAACUAUGGAAGAUAAUCAAGCAGAAAUGUAUAAUACAAUAUUAAGUGAUUUAAUGACCGAAAGUACAGAUGUAGGAGCGACAGCAUUUGGUGGUGGUCGUAAAAGUUCAACAAAUUAUAAAGGAAUGUCUGCAGCUGAAGUUAAAGCUAUUUAUGAUUAUCAAAAAAUGCAGGCUGAAGAAAUUCAAAAACGGCGAGAACAACAAAAGAAAUUGAACGAAGAAUGGGAAAUGUACUCACUAAAUAUUGGAAAAGCCGCUGAUGGUCUACACAAAGAAGAUGAAUAUAAAAGGAAAAAAUUAGAAAAACAAAUCGCUGAAGAAAAUUUGAGGUUGGCACAAGAACAUAAAGCUCAUUUAGAGUAUUUGGAUAAAUACGUUUAUAAAAAUAAACCAACUCCAGCAUUCUUCGAGCAAUUUAAUGCAUCAAGUAGAUAA